GAGUAGCUUCUCCAGCUUGAGAAAUCCGGUCCGGCUGCGUAGAGUGGCGGCCGUGGAGGGACAGUUUGUUUUGAGCACCAAGUGGGGCACACCCGGAAGUGGCGCGGUACAGGAGCAGCGCUGCCGGCGGUGGCGGGUGCCAGGGACCUGGAGGUGGAGGGGACGCGGCAGUACUCUGGCGUGUGAGCGCAGGGUGGAGUGCAGAGAGAGAGGGAGGGGGACGGGAGGCCUUCUAGCUUUGGUUCUAUGGUGGCAGAUCCGGCUGGGUUCCGGGAAGCGAGGGCCUCGCGGGGUGGCUGAGUUGGUGAAGGGCUACUGCGGCCGAAAGGGAGCCCGCCUCACUUCAUUCUUCCACUCUGAAGGACCCGCUCUCUUCUGGUCACUACGUCUUCCUCCCUCACUUCGCUUGGCGAAGGGUGUUGUACUUGUGAGGAAGUCGCAGCUGGAGCUGGGAGUCCGCUGGAGUUUUCUCUGCUUCUAAGAGGAGGCUAACGGCCGCUUUGCUUCCGACUUUGACUCCUUACCUUAAAAGAUGCUGGAGUCAUAUGUAACUCCAAUUUUAAUGAGCUAUGUGAAUCGCUACAUCAAGAACUUAAAGCCGUCGGAUCUACAGCUUUCACUAUGGGGUGGAGACGUGGUACUCAGCAAGCUCGAGUUAAAGUUGGAUGUGCUGGAACAGGAACUGAAAUUACCAUUCACUUUUUUGAGUGGACAUAUUCAUGAACUGAGGAUUCAUGUACCAUGGACAAAACUGGGUUCAGAACCAGUGGUAAUUACCAUCAAUACUAUGGAAUGCAUUUUGAAACUUAAGGAUGGGAUACAGGAUGACCAUGAAAGCUGUGGUUCUAAUUCUACCAACCGUAGUACUGCUGAGAACACAAAAUCAUCAAUCAAACCGCGGAGAAUUCAGCAGGCUGCUCCUACAGAUCCUGACUUACCACCAGGUUAUGUGCAGAGUCUGAUUAGACGAGUUGUAAAUAAUGUAAACAUUGUGAUAAAUAAUCUCAUACUAAAAUAUGUUGAAGACGAUAUCGUUCUUUCUGUCAACAUCACUUCUGCAGAAUGUUAUACAGUAGGUGAAUUAUGGGAUCGUGCAUUCAUGGAUAUUUCUGCAACUGAUUUGGUGCUGAGAAAGGUUAUCAAUUUUUCUGACUGUACAGUUUGUCUUGAUAAACGGAAUGCCAGUGGUAAAAUAGAAUUUUACCAGGAUCCUUUAUUGUACAAAUGUUCCUUCAGAACUCGUCUUCAUUUUACAUAUGAUAACCUAAAUUCCAAGAUGCCAUCUGUUAUUAAAAUUCAUACUUUAGUAGAAAGUUUGAAACUUUCUAUCACAGACCAACAACUGCCUAUGUUUAUUCGUAUAAUGCAACUUGGAAUUGCUCUUUACUAUGGAGAAAUAGGCAAUUUUAAAGAAGGCGAAAUAGAGGACCCUACUUGUCAUAAUAAAGAUAUGCUAGGAAACAUUACAGGUUCUGAAGAUGAAACAAGAAUAGAUAUGCAAUAUCCUGCUCAGUAUAAAGGUCAAGAGUUAUAUUCACAGCAAGAUGAGGAGCUGCCACAGGGAUGGGUGUCAUGGGCCUGGUCCUUUGUGCCUGCAAUUGUGAGUUAUGACGAUGGCGAGGAAGACUUUGGUGGGAACGAUCCUGCAUCAACCAUGCAUCAGCAAAAAGCACAGACUUUGAAGGAUCCUAUUGUUUCUAUAGGAUUUUAUUGCACAAAGGCAACGGUGACUUUCAAACUCACAGAAAUGCAAGCUGAGAGUAGUUAUUACAGUCCACAGAAAGUAAAAUCUAAAGAAGUAUUGUGUUGGGAACAAGAAGGAACUACAGUUGAGGCCCUUAUGAUGGGAGAACCUUUCUUUGAUUGCCAGAUUGGGUUUGUUGGUUGCAGAGCCAUGUGCCUUAAAGGAAUUAUGGGUGUUAAAGAUUUUGAAGAGAAUAUGAAUAGAAGUGAAACUGAAGCCUGUUUCUUCAUUUGUGGUGACAAUUUGAGUACGAAAGGUUUCACAUACCUUACAAAUUCAUUGUUUGAUUACCGAAGCCCAGAAAAUAAUGGUACUCGCGCAGAAUUUAUCUUGGAUUCAACUCAUCAUAAGGAGACAUACACUGAGAUAGCUGGAAUGCAACGGUUUGGGGCUUUUUAUAUGGAUUACCUGUAUACAAUGGAGAACACUAGUGGCAAAGGUUCCACAAAUCAACAAGACUUUUCUUCAGGGAAAAGUGAAGAUUUGGGAACAGUUCAGGAGAAGUCCACCAAAAGCCUUGUUAUAGGUCCUCUCGAUUUUCGUUUGGAUAGCAGUGCGGUGCAUAGGAUUUUGAAAAUGAUUGUGUGUGCCUUGGAACACGAAUAUGAACCAUAUAGCAGGCUAAAAUCAGAUAUUAAGGAUGAAAAUGAAACGAUACUGAAUCCUGAAGAGGUGUCUUUUCUGGAGGAAUAUAUUCCUACUCGACAUACAAGUGUUACUCUCCUCAAAUGUACCUGCACAAUUUCCAUGGCUGAAUUCAACUUGCUGGACCAUUUACUACCUGUCAUUAUGGGAGAAAAGAACUCAAGUAACUUCAUGAAUACUACAAACUUCCAGUCUCUUCGGCCUUUGCCAUCCAUUCGAAUAUUGGUGGAUAAAAUUAAUCUUGAACAUUCAGUGCCGAUGUAUGCUGAACAGUUGGUGCAUGUGGUCAGCAGCCUUACUCAACCUUCUGAUAACCUGCUUCAUUAUUGUUAUGUACACUGCUAUCUUAAGAUAUUUGGUUUCCAGGCAGGACUGACGUCUUUGGAUUGCAGUGGAUCUUACUGCUUACCUGUACCAAUUAUUCCCUCUUUCAGCACUGCUCUUUAUGGGAAACUUCUGAAACUCCCCACAUGCUGGACCAAAAGAUCUCAGAUUGCUAUAAGUGAAGGUAUAUUUGAACUUCCAAAUCUCACAAUUCAAGCUACAAGAGCACAGACACUUCUCUUGCAAGCAAUAUAUCAAAGUUGGUCUCAUCUUGGAAAUGUCAGCUCUUCUGCAGUGAUUGAAGCUUUGAUAAGUGAAAUCUUCCUAAGUAUAGGUGUGAAAUCUAAGAAUCCCCUGCCAACUCUUGAGGGCUCAAUCCAGAAUGUUGAAUUGAAGUACUGCAGCACAUCAUUGGUCAAAUGUGCCUCUGGGACCAUGGGAUCAAUAAAAAUUUGUGCCAAAGGCCCAGUUGAUAGUGGAAAAGAGAAGUUGAUUCCCUUGCUUCAGGGUCCUUCCGACACUAAAGACCUUCAUAGCACCAAGUGGCUCAAUGAGAGUAGAAAGCCAGAGUCUCUCUUAGCUCCAGAUUUGAUGGCCUUCACAAUCCAAGUUCCACAAUAUAUUAACUACUGCCACAAUUCUGAAGUAAAAUACUUAAAAACAAGCAUCUUGGGUGAGGCGCGGGGGCUCACACCUGUAACAUCAGCACUUUGGGAGGCCCAGGCAGGAUUGCUGGAGCCCAGGAGUUCAAGACCAGCCUGGACAACAGGUGCUGUACUUCUUUGCAGUAUACAAGGACUAGCAGUUAAUAUUGACCCAAUCUUAUAUACGUGGCUCAUCUAUCAGCCUCAGAAACGAACAGGUAGACAUAUGCAACAGCAGCCUGUGGUAGCUGUUCCUCUUGUUAUGCCAGUUUGUAGAAGGAAAGAGGAUGAGGUGUCUAUUGGAAGUGCACCCUUGGCAAAGCAGCAAUCAUAUCAGGCCUCUGAAUAUGCCAGCAGCCCUGUAAAAACAAAAACGGUAACAGAAUCCCGCCCAUUGUCAGUUCCUGUUAAAGCCAUGUUGAAUAUAUCUGAAAGCUGUAGAAGUCCUGAAGAAAGAAUGAAGGAAUUUAUUGGAAUUGUUUGGAAUGCAGUGAAGCAUCUCACACUACAGCUUGAAGUACAAUCUUGUUGUGUGUUUAUUCCAAAUGAUAGCCUGCCUUCCCCAAGUACAAUUGUAUCUGGUGACAUUCCUGGAACAGUAAGAAGUUGGUACCAUGGACAAACCAGCAUGCCGGGAACACUUGUCCUCUGUUUGCCUCAAAUAAAGAUUAUUAGUGCUGGGCACAAGUAUAUGGAACCUCUGCAGGAGAUUCCAUUUGUUGUCCCACGACCCAUCCUUGAAGAAGGUGAUGCUUUUCCUUGGACGAUCAACUUGCAUAAUUUCAGCAUAUAUACCCUUCUUGGAAAACAAGUGACACUUUGCCUAGUGGAACCUAUGGGUUGCACCUCCACUCUAGCUGUCACGUCUCAAAAACUACUUGCUACGGGACCUGAUACACGACAUUCAUUUGUUGUCUGUCUCCAUGUUGACCUAGAGUCACUAGAGAUAAAAUGCUCUAAUCCCCAGGUCCAGCUCUUCUAUGAACUAACUGAUACCAUGAAUAAGGUCUGGAAUAAGAUUCAGAAGAGAGGCAAUCUCAACCUAUCUUCAACCUCUCCAGAGACCAUGGCAGGGCCUGUUCCUACUUCUCCAGUUAGAAGCAGUAUAGGCACAGCUCCUCCAGAUACCAGCACAUGCAGCCCAUCUGCUGACAUUGGGACUACUACUGAGGGAGAUUCUAUACAAGCAGGUGAGGACUCACCAUUCUCAGAUUCUGUGACCUUGGAACAAACUACAAGUAAUAUUGGCGGAACCAGUGGACGUGUUAGUUUAUGGAUGCAGUGGGUGCUUCCCAAAAUUACUAUAAAACUCUUUGCUCCAGAUCCUGAAAAUAAAGGCACAGAGGUUUGUAUGGUCAGUGAACUAGAAGAUCUCAGUGCUUCCAUAGAUGUCCAGGAUGUAUAUACCAAAGUGAAAUGUAAAAUAGAGAGUUUCAAUAUUGAUCACUAUAGAAGCAGCCUUGGGGAAGAGUGUUGGUCUUUGGGGCAAUGUGGAGGUGUCUUCCUUUCCUGUACUGACAAGCUGAACAGACGCACCUUGUUGGUUCGACCCAUCAGCAAGCAGGACCCUUUCAGUAAUUGCUCUGGCUUCUUUCCUUCUACAACUACAAAACUUCUAGAUGGCACUCAUCAGCAGCAUGGAUUCCUCUCUCUGACAUACACAAAAGCUGUGACAAAAAAUGUCCGCCACAAGUUAACAUCAAGAAAUGAGCGAAGAAGUUUUCAUAAGUUAUCUGAAGGCCUAAUGGAUGGUUCUCCUCAUUUUCUUCAUGAAAUUCUUCUUUCAGCACAAGCUUUUGAUAUUGUUCUUUAUUUUCCUUUACUUAAUGCCAUUGCAAGUAUAUUUCAAGCAAAACUACCAAAGACCCAAAAAGAGAAAAGAAAAUCUCCUGGUCAGCCCAUGAGGACCCAUACGCUGACAUCCCGCAAUUUACCUUUGAUUUAUGUCAACACAAGUGUAAUCAGAAUUUUUAUUCCAAAAACAGAAGAAAUGCAGCCAACUGUUGAAGUUAAUCGGGCAGCAAAAGAAGACACCGUGGUUUUGAAGAUUGGCUCUGUUGCCAUGGCUCCCCAGGCUGACAAUCCCCUUGGCAGAUCUGUCCUUAGGAAAGAUAUUUACCAGAGAGCCUUGAACUUAGGAAUUCUUCGAGAUCCUGGAUCAGAAAUCGAAGACAGACAAUACCAAAUAGACCUGCAGUCCAUCAAUAUUGGUACUGCACAGUGGGAUCAACUAAAACCAGAGAAGGAAAGUGUCUCAGGAGGGGUGGUAAAAGAGACUGAAAGGAAUUCUCAAAAUCCAGCCCUUGAGUGGAAUAUGGCCAGCAGCAUACGGCGGCAUCAAGAAAGGAGAGCAAUUUUGACCCCCAUUUUGACAGAAUUUUCUGUCCGAAUAACUGGAGCACCUGCUGUCAUUUUCACCAAAGUAGUUUCUCCAGAAAAUUUGCAUACUGAGGAGAUUUUAGUGUGUGGCCAUUCCUUAGAAGUGAAUAUAACCACAAACCUGGACUUCUUCCUAAGUGUGGCUCAAGUUCAACUCUUACAUCAGUUAAUAGUAGCAAAUAUGACUGGACUGGAACCAUCAAACAAAGCUGCAGAGAUCUCUAAACAAGAACAGAAAAAAGUGGAUAUAUUUGAUGGAGGCAUGGCUGAAACCUCAUCUCGGUACAGUGGUGCUCAGGAUAGUGGAAUUGGCAGUGACAGUGUUAAAAUCAGAAUAGUGCAAAUAGAGCAGCACAGUGGUGCCAGUCAGCAUCGCAUUGCCCGUCCCUCACGCCAGUCAUCAAUUGUAAAAAAUCUGAAUUUUAUUCCCUUUGACAUAUUUAUUACUGCAAGUAGAAUCUCACUAAUGACCUAUUCCUGUAUGGCCUUAUCCAAAUCGAAAUCACAAGAACAGAAGAAUAAUGAAAAAACAGACAAGAGUUCAUUAAAUCUCCCAGAAGUUGAUUCAGAUGUUGCUAAGCCCAACCAGGCAUGUAUUUCCACGGUGACAGCAGAAGAUCUCUUAAGGAGCAGCAUUUCUUUUCCUUCAGGGAAAAAAAUAGGGGUCCUCUCUCUUGAAAGUCUUCAUGCAUCCACAAGGUCAUCUGCUAGACAAGCACUUGGUAUAACUAUUGUUCGGCAGCCUGGUCGAAGAGGAACUGGUGACUUACAGCUAGAACCUUUUCUGUACUUUAUUGUGUCCCAGCCUUCCUUGCUUCUGAGUUGUCACCACAGAAAGCAGCGAGUGGAAGUAUCCAUUUUUGAUGCUGUGCUUAAAGGGGUGGCCUCUGAUUACAAAUGUACAGAUCCUGGGAAGACUCUGCCUGAAGCCCUUGAUUAUUGCACUGUUUGGCUACAGACAGUGCCUGGAGAAAUAGACAGCAAAAGUGGUAUUCCACCUUCCUUUAUAACACUACAGAUUAAAGACUUUCUGAAUGGACCAGCGGAUGUCAAUUUGGAUAUAUCAAAGCCUUUGAAAGCAAACCUGAGUUUCACCAAACUGGAUCAGAUAAACCUUUUUUUAAAGAAGAUAAAAAAUGCACACAGUUCGGCACAUAGUGAAGAGACUUCAGCCAUGUCCAACACCAUGGUGAAUAAGGAUGAUCUUCCAGUCUCCAAAUAUUACCGUGGAAAGUUGUCUAAACCCAAAGUUCAUGGUGAUGGAGUGCAAAAGAUUUCAGCUCAAGAAAACAUGUGGAGAGCUGUUUCCUGCUUUCAAAAAAUUUCUGUUCAAACUACUCAGAUUGUGAUCUCCAUGGAAACUGUACCCCAUACCAGCAAACCAUGCCUGUUAGCAUCUCUCUCAAACCUCAAUGGAAGCCUUAGUGUCAAGGCAACACAAAAAGUACCUGGCAUAAUUCUUGGGUCAUCAUUUCUACUCAGUAUAAACGAUUUCCUCCUUAAAACAAGUCUCAAAGAAAGAAGCCGCAUUCUGAUAGGACCAUGUUGUGCUACUGCCAAUCUGGAAGCUAAGUGGUGUAAACACAGCGGGAAUCCAGGCCCAGAACAAUCUAUACCAAAAAUAUCCAUUGACUUAAGAGGAGGUCUGCUACAGGUCUUCUGGGGUCAAGAACAUUUGAAUUGUUUAGUUCUUCUACAUGAAUUACUCAAUGGAUACCUUAAUGAGGAGGGAAAUUUUGAAGUACAAGUUUCUGAACCAGUGCCUCAAAUGUCAUCUCCUCUGGAAAAGAAUCAGACAUUUAAAAGUGAACAAAGUUCAGAUGACCUACGGACAGGUCUAUUUCAGUAUGUACAAGAUGCUGAAUCCUUGAAAUUGCCUGGGGUCUAUGAAGUCUUAUUUUAUAAUGAAACUGAAGAUUGCCCAGGGAUGAUGUUAUGGAGAUAUCCAGAACCUAGAGUGCUCACCCUUGUACGAAUAACUCCUGUACCUUUUAACACCACAGAGGAUCCAGAUAUUAGCACAGCAGACCUUGGUGAUGUGCUACAGGUUCCUUGUAGCUUGGAAUACUGGGAUGAACUCCAGAAGGUUUUUGUUGCAUUUAGAGAAUUUAAUCUGUCUGAAAGCAAAGUCUGUGAACUGCAGUUGCCGGAUAUCAAUCUCGUGAAUGACCAGAAGAAAUUAGUAUCUUCAGAUCUUUGGAGAAUUGUCUUGAACAGCAGUCAAAAUGCAGCUGAUGACCAAAGCUCUGCAAGUGAGUCUGGUUCUCAAAGCACUUGUGAUCCACUUGUGACUCCAACAGCCCUGGCUGCCUGUACCAGAGUUGACUCCUGCUUUACCCCGUGGUUUGUCCCAUCUCUUUGCGUUUCUUUCCAGUUUGCCCACCUGGAAUUCCAUCUUUGUCAUCACCUUGACCAACUAGGCACAGCUGCACCACAGUAUCUACAGCCAUUUGUUUCCGACAGAAAUAUGCCAUCUGAACUAGAAUACAUGAUUGUUUCCUUCAGAGAACCACACAUGUAUCUUCGACAGUGGAAUAAUGGUUCUGUCUGUCAGGAGAUCCAGUUCUUAGCUCAAGCAGACUGUAAACUUCUAGAGUGCAGAAAUGUCACUAUGCAAAGUGUGGUGAAACCCUUCAGCAUCUUUGGGCAGAUGGCAGUUUCCAGCGAUGUAGUGGAAAAGCUGCUUGACUGCACCGUGAUAGUUGAUUCUGUAUUUGUAAACAUUGGACAGCAUGUAGUCCAUUCUCUAAACACUGCAAUACAAGCUUGGCAACAGAACAAAUGCCCUGAGGUAGAGGAGUUGGUCUUCAGCCAUUUUGUGAUCUGUAACGACACACAGGAGACACUGCGGUUUGGCCAGGUGGAUACUGAUGAAAAUAUUCUGCUGGCGAGUCUCCACAGUCACCAGUACAGCUGGCGCUCUCACAAAUCCCCACAGCUGUUACACAUCUGUAUUGAAGGUUGGGGCAACUGGCGUUGGUCAGAGCCUUUCAGUGUGGACCAUGCCGGGACUUUUAUUAGAACAAUUCAGUACAGGGGUCGAACUGCUUCUCUCAUCAUCAAGGUUCAGCAACUCAAUGGAGUACAAAAACAGAUUAUCAUCUGUGGAAGACAGGUCAUCUGUAGUUACUUGUCUCAAAGCAUAGAACUAAAAGUCGUUCAGCAUUACAUUGGUCAAGAUGGACAAGCUGUAGUUCGGGAACAUUUUGACUGCCUCACAGCCAAACAGAAAUUGCCUUCAUACAUACUAGAAAACAAUGAACUGACGGAGCUGUGUGUGAAGGCCAAAGGAGAUGAAGACUGGUCAAGAGAUGUGUGCCUGGAAUCCAAAGCCCCUGAGUACAGCAUUGUCAUUCAGGUGCCAUCUUCAAAUAGUUCCAUUAUUUAUGUCUGGUGCACAGUUUUGACUUUAGAACCCAACUCUCAAGUGCAACAACGAAUGAUUGUGUUCAGCCCUCUUUUUAUCCUGAGGAGUCAUCUUCCAGACCCCAUUAUCAUACAUUUGGAGAAAAGGAGUCUGGGAUUGAGUGAAACACAAAUUAUUCCAGGAAAAGGGCAGGAAAAACCACUGCAAAACAUAGAACCUGACCUUGUACAUCACCUGACAUUCCAAGCAAGAGAAGAAUAUGAUCCUUCAGAUUGUGCAGUUCCCAUCUCAACAUCCCUCAUUAAGCAAAUAGCCACUAAGGUACACCCUGGAGGCACAGUUAAUCAGAUCCUUGAUGAAUUCUAUGGGCCAGAAAAGUCUCUUCAACCCAUAUGGCCCUAUAAUAAGAAGGAUUCUGACAGGAAUGAACAGCUAAGUCAGUGGGAUAGCCCAAUGCGAGUGAAGCUGUCAAUCUGGAAGCCAUAUGUUAGAACUUUGUUGAUAGAACUUCUGCCCUGGGCCCUGCUUAUCAAUGAAUCCAAAUGGGACCUCUGGCUAUUUGAAGGAGAGAAAAUUGUUCUACAGGUUCCUGCUGGCAAAGUUAUUAUUCCUCCUAAUUUUCAGGAAGCUUUUCAAAUUGGAAUAUACUGGGCAAAUACAAACACUGUGCACAAGUCAGUAGCAAUUAAACUGGUCCAUAACCUGACAUCUCCAAAGUGGAAAGAUGGAGGUAAUGGUGAAGUUGUGACACUGGAUGAAGAAGCGUUUGUUGAUACUGAAAUAAGACUUGGUGCUUUUCCAGGACAUCAGAAGUUAUGUCAGUUCUGCAUUUCCUCCAUGGUACAGCAAGGUAUACAAAUUAUUCAGAUUGAAGACAAAACUACAAUAAUCAAUAAUACACCAUAUCAAAUAUUUUAUAAACCACAGCUAUCUGUCUCCAAUCCCCAUUCUGGAAAGGAGUAUUUUCAUGUUCCAGACAGUGCCACUUUUAGCAUUUGUCCAGGUGGAGAGCAGCCUGCUAUGAAAUCCAGCUCCCUUCCUUGCUGGGACUUGAUGCCUGACAUCAGUCAGUCAGUACUUGAUGCAUCCCUGCUUCAGAAACAGAUCAUGCUGGGCUUUUCUCCUGCCCCAGGUGCUGACAGCUCACAGUGCUGGAGCCUGCCAGCUAUAGUUAGACCAGAGUUUCCCAGACAGAGUGUGGCAGUACCCCUCGGGAAUUUCCGGGAAAAUGGAUUCUGUACCAGGGCUAUAGUGCUGACAUAUCAAGAACACCUUGGCGUGACUUAUUUAACCCUCUCAGAAGACCCUAGUCCUCGAGCAAUUAUCCACAACAGAUGUCCAGUAAAAAUGCUUAUAAAGGAAAACAUUAAAGAUAUUCCAAAGUUUGAGGUUUAUUGCAAAAAAAUUCCCUCUGAGUGCUCAAUUCAUCAUGAGCUGUAUCAUCAGAUUUCCAGUUAUCCGGACUGCAAGACCAAAGACUUACUUCCGAGCCUCCUUUUGAGAGUUGAACUGCUAGAUGAAGUAACAACUGAGUGGAGUGAUGCUAUCGACAUCAACAGUCAGGGAACACAGGUUGUGUUCCUGACUGGCUUUGGCUAUGUGUAUGUGGACAUUGUACAUCAGUGUGGCACAAUCUUCAUCACUGUGGCCCCAGAAGGAAAAGCAGGACCUAUUUUAACCAAUACUAACAGAGCCCCAGAGAAGAUUGUUACAUUCAAAAUGUUCAUCACUCAGUUAAGCCUGGCAGUGUUUGAUGAUCUCACCCACCACAAAGCAUCAGCUGAGCUUCUGAGACUCACACUGGACAACGUUUUUCUCUGUGUGGCCCCAGGAGCUGGUCCCUUCCCUGGGGAAGAGCCUGUGGCUACGUUGUUUGAACUUUACUGUGUGGAGAUCUGCUGUGGGGACCUGCAGCUAGACAACCAGCUUUAUAACAAGUCCAAUUUCCACUUUGCUGUCUUAGUCUGCCAGGGAGAAAAAGCAGAACCCAUUCAGUGUUCCAAAAUGCAGAGUCUCCUCAUAUCCAACAAAGAGUUGGAAGAAUACAAGGAAAAAUGUUUUAUCAAACUUCGUAUCACCUUAAAUGAAGGCAAGAGCAUCCUCUGUGAUAUUAAUGAGUUCAGCUUUGAAUUAAAACCUGCUCGGUUAUAUGUGGAAGACACAUUUGUAUACUACAUCAAGACUUUGUUUGACACCUACCUUCCUAACAGCAGGUUGGCUGGUCACUCCACACACCUCUCAGGGGGUAAACAGGUGUUGCCCGUGCAGGUCACACAGCACGCCAGGGCCUUGGUGAAUCCUGUGAAGUUACGGAAACUGGUGAUCCAGCCAGUGAAUUUGCUCGUCAGCAUCCACGCUUCCCUCAAGCUGUACAUAGCCUCAGACCACACUCCUCUCUCCUUCUCGGUGUUUGAAAGAGGACCCAUCUUCACCACUGCGAGGCAGCUUGUGCACGCCCUGGCAAUGCACUAUGCCGCUGGGGCCCUUUUUAGAGCAGGCUGGGUAGUGGGGUCUCUGGAGAUUCUUGGCAGCCCUGCAAGCCUGGUGAGAAGCAUCGGAAACGGGGUCGCCGACUUCUUCAGGCUUCCGUACGAGGGGCUGACCCGGGGCCCCCGAGCCUUCGUGAGUGGCGUCUCCAGAGGGACCACAUCGUUUGUAAAGCACAUCUCCAAAGGUACCCUCACAUCCAUCACCAACCUGGCCACAAGCCUGGCCCGGAACAUGGACCGGCUCUCGCUGGAUGAGGAGCACUACAACCGGCAGGAGGAGUGGCGGCGGCAGCUCCCCGAGAGCCUGGGCGAGGGGCUUCGACAGGGCCUGUCCCGGCUGGGCAUCAGCCUGCUUGGUGCAAUUGCUGGUAUAGUUGAUCAGCCGAUGCAGAACUUCCAGAAAACAUCUGAGGCACAGGCUUCAGCAGGACACAAGGCCAAGGGUGUCAUCUCGGGUGUGGGGAAAGGAAUCAUGGGGGUGUUCACAAAGCCCAUCGGAGGAGCUGCUGAGCUGGUGUCACAGACUGGCUAUGGUAUUUUACAUGGAGCUGGACUUUCUCAGCUUCCCAAACAGCGCCAUCAGCCAAGUGAUCUACAUGCUGACCAGGCUCCAAACAGCCAUGUCAAAUAUGUCUGGAAAAUGCUUCAGUCUCUGGGCAGACCAGAAGUCCACAUGGCCCUGGACGUGGUUCUGGUGAGGGGCUCAGGCCAGGAGCAUGAAGGGUGCUUGCUGCUGACAUCAGAAGUGCUCUUCGUGGUGAGUGUCAGUGAGGACACACAGCAGCAGGCUUUCCCCGUCACAGAAAUCGACUGUGCACAGGACAGCAAGCAGAACAACCUACUCACAGUGCAGCUCAAGCAGCCAAGAGUGGCCUGUGAUGUGGAGGUAGAUGGAGUCCGAGAGAGACUGUCAGAGCAACAGUACAACAGACUUGUGGACUACAUCACAAAGACAUCUUGUCACCUGGCCCCCAGCUGUUCUUCCAUGCAAAUACCAUGCCCUGUGGUGGCUGCAGAACCUCCCCCCUCCACUGUUAAAACAUACCAUUACUUGGUUGAUCCACAUUUUGCUCAGGUCUUCCUUAGUAAAUUUACCAUGGUGAAAAAUAAAGCCCUGAGGAAAGGGUUUCCUUGAGUCCCCUCUGAAGUGUUGAUUCCUGCUUGUGUGAUUUAGUUUUUGGGUUUCUUUGAGACAGGGUCUCACUGCAUUGCCCAUGCUGACUUCCAAUUCUGGGGUUCAAGCAAUCCUCCCACCUCAACCCACAAGUAGCUAGGACUGCAAGCACAUGCCACCAUAAAGGGCUGCAUUUUUUUAAAAAAGCCUAGGGCUCUAACAUCUGAUACGGACACAAGGCCAACAGUUUCCUUAUUUACAUCCUUACCUCUAAAAGAUACUUCAAAGUGACAAAAACGUGUUCCUUCCCCACUUAGAGACAAUGAUUAACAGGGCCCUAUAUGUUCUUACCACAUACAGAGGAUGCAUUUAUUUUUGCUCUGACACUUGCAAAAAUUUCCACUGUAAUUAAUUUGGAUCUAUUAACUCUCUGUUCCAUCAUAGAAUGUGGCCAGGCCUUACAAUGGAGAGCCAGAGUUAAAACUUCUUCAAGUUGCAUCUGUUUUUGGGCCGAGUCACCACCUUUGCCUCAUGCUCCUUUGCUUUGCCUCAUGCUCCUUUGUCUGCAAAGGCCUAGGAUUCUUUCUUUAAAUGAAAUGCGUAGAACUUUGUGGCUUGUUACAUUUGUCAUUUAACUGCAAUGCUGUUCUUUCAAAGCUGCUACGUGUAUUUUCUCUGAAGUCUGCAUUUUACUAAAAUUUACAACAGUCUGAUUGAUUACUGUCCAGGUCCAUUUUAGAAAAAGUGUUUUUCCAGUUUGUUUUACUAAGCAAACUUUGAGUAAAUCCUUUGUCCUAUAUUGAAUCCAGUGUCAAGGUGUUAAGGUGAGUUUCUCUAGUUCCAUAAACAAAACAUACAUAGUGAGAACUCCCUGGUAUGCCAUAGAGUACACAAGAACCCCAAUAUUAAUGCUAACAAUUAUACCAGUCCAUUUCGUUUAUUCUGUGGAAUUGACUUGACAAAGCAUGAAGAUAUUCCCAGUGUCUGAUAAUAUUUUGCAUCUAAGAAUGGGUUUGACUCAAGAUCUUGGGUUACCAAGAUGUCCUAAAUGUUCAGCAAAUAUCUUUCUUACAGUUCAGUCGCUUAGAACAUGUUUGCUGAUUACAUUUAAACUUGGGGCUACAGCUUGUUACCUAGAAUUUUGAGAUACUAAGAGAAUGCAAUUUUAAAUGCCCACUGGUUUUAUUUGUUUUGGAGAGAGGGUCUCAUUCUGUCACCCAGGCUAGACUACAGUGGAACAGUCAUGGCUCACUGCAGCUUAAGCUCACUGCCUGGGCUCAAGUGAUCUUACUCCAGCCUCCCAAGCAGCUGGGACUAUACCACCACAGGUAUGCACCACCAUACCUGGCUGAUUUUUUAUAUUUUUUCUAGAGAUGAGGUCUCGCUAUGUUGCCCAGGCUGGUCUCAUACUCCUGAGUUCAAGCAUUCCUCCCACCUCUGCCUCCCAAACUGCUGGGAUUACAGGUGUGAGCCACCAUGCCCAACAUCCACUGAUCUUUAACUCUCACAUGUUGGGCAUAAGAAGUCAUUAUAUAAUUGUUACUGGAAAGCAAGACUUAAUGAACAAUUCUGACUAUGAAAAAUGGCUCUUUCAGUUUGUUCUGUAAAUACUCAUUUAGAAAAGUGACAGCUGUCAACCUCAAGAGUAACUAUUUCUAAAAAUGUAAAUAUGUAUUAAUCCUUGUAUCUUUUAUGGUAAUUCUGCAUAUUGAUAUGAAUUAUAUAAAACUGUUUAAAAUCAAAGGUGCCCUUGAAUUACUGACCACCCAUAGAUGUCUAUUGUUACCAGGUUUUACAAUGCAAAUUUUCACUAAUACCUGGGUUUAAUACAGCUCACAUCACUGAAUGUUACACAUGAGUUUAAAUGGGUAAUAUACAGGUUUUGUUAUAAUAAAGUUACUGAUUAAAUUA